AGCAAUAUCCGGAGACACGGGACGUGUCCCUAUUUGUCCAGAACGCGCGGCAGCAGUGUGACGUGACGUGGACGCGAAGUGCUAACGAUGCUGGUGUUGUUGUGCGCGUGCGCAUAUCUGGCUGCGGGCGCAGCGGAGCCGGCGCCGGCGCUGCAGGGCGCCUCGCGCUGGUCGGUGGCGUCCAGCGUGCUGCUGAGCGACGCGGCGACCACGGGAGGGGAGCUAGGGUAUCGCCUGCAGGCCGCGCUCACGCUGCGCGCGCAGCCGCUGGCACAAGGGCUGUUGCUGCACUUCACGCUGGAGUCUCCCCAGCUGAUGCUCCGAGGCAAGCACCAGAAUGCGGAGUUCCUCCCGAAGCCUUCUAUAUGGGACUCCAUGCCCAGCUCCGAGUUCCUAGCUGUGUGGAGUGAAGGCCACAUUACCGAGGCCUUUCUUGACCCAUCUGACCCUCCUGAUGUGCUGGACUAUAAGAAGGCUCUCAUCAGUUUGUUCCAGUUCCAAGUAGAGGAGGGUGAGCGCAAUGAGACAGACGUGUCGGGCUACUGUCACGUGCACUAUGAUGCCGUCUCCGAACUGGUCUUCAGGAAAAGCAAGAUGCAAUGCACGUGGCAAGAAACGGUAGACGAGGACGAGAACGACGGGUGCGCGGAGCGGCGGCGAGUGGUGCGCUACCAACUUUCCUCGGCCGGACUCCUCGACACCAUCACCGCCGACGAAGUGCUGCUCCUGCGCGGCACCGACCGCGCACACGCGCUAAAGGCGCGCGCACUGCACAUGCUGGGCCGCGCGGGUGCGCCCGCGCCGGCGCCCGCGUCUCCUGCAGAUCUAGCCGCUGCGCGAGGGCGGCUACCCGCCCUGCAGCCCACACCGCUACCGCUCGAACUGAGACCCGAAUCCGAUGAUGAGCCAAAGGAGUCCCUGUCCUCGGCACUGUCAGCGCACCGCGCGGCCGUCGAGGAAGCGCGCGCCGGCAGCGCGGAGGCGGCCGCGGCCACGCUGGCGUUGCUGCCCGCCAUACGUGCCGCCACGGCUAAAGAGCUGACAGCUCUGCUCGACCAUCCCGAUACUGACGAGUUAGAAGGCCUAGUCCGCGUACUCGGCCUGUCGGGGUCACGCGGCGCACAUUUGGCUGCGCGUGAGACGCUACAACUGCAGGCUAAAGAACCGCCACGAGAACACCUCGGCAGGGAAUAUCUCGCCGCACUGGCUAUAGCGCCGCAGGUGGAGGAGUUCGUGGUCCGCGACGCGAUGAAGCUCGGCGCCACGGGCGGCGCGCUGGCCCCCGCGGCGGCGCUGGCGGCGGCGGCGGCGGCGCGCCAAGCGCCCCACCCCGCCAGGGGGGCGCUCGCUACCGAGGUCAAGAACUCGCUCACGAGAACACUCUCCAAGUGCAAGGAGGACGCAUGCUCCGCGGCGCGGAUCCUCGCUCUCGGACAGCUCCGGAGGCCCGAGCUGGUCGAGCUGUUGCUGGAGCACGCCGAGACAGGCGCACGCGCGACCGCGCUCGCCGCCAUCGCUGCACUGCGGGCUGUGGCUAAAGAGCAGGGCUACUACGGCGUGCAGCGCCGCCGGCUGGAGGCCGUGGCGCUGGGGCUCGGCAGCCCGCGGCCGCUGGCCGUGCGCGCCGCCGCGCUCGAGCUGGUGCUGUUCUCCGCGGCCGAGCGCCCGCUCUCCCUGCUGGGAGUAACGCGGGGGCUCCGCGAACACGGGCCGCGCGAGCUGCGGCGGCUCUGCUGGCUGCGGCUGCUGCAGCUGGCCGAGACCCGCGCCGAGCUGGCGAUGCUGCUGCCCUCGCUGGACCCCAGGCCUAGAGACUGGUUCCGGAGGGCGCACGAUGGUAGGUUACUACUGCAUGGUAGCAGGUACUGACUGC